ACCAGAAACAGCAGGAUUUGGGAGGAAGAUCACAACCUGUGCUUUUCCUCAGCCUUGAGGGAAGAAGAGGGAAUAGACCAAUAUAUCUAAAUCACCAGAUCUGCAGUAAUUGACAUGGCAGCCACAACUCCUAAUGCCCCAGUAUAUGAAGAUACAUCUUCUUUGCCAUCUGGUUUCAGAGUUUUGGCAACAUUUCCUGAUGUGCUGAUGAUACCAGAUUUAGUUUUUGGAAGUCUUGUAUGGAUUUUGGUGGCUUCUUCAAGAGUGCCAUUUCCCAUUGUACAAGGAUGGGUUAUGUAUGUCUCCGUAUCCCUUUUUUUCUUCAGUGUGCUCCUCAUGCUGCUGUAUUGCGCUCGUGCACAUGGAGGAAAGUCAUCCUGGACAGCAGUUGAUGCUUUUUAUCACUGCGUUGCUGCUUACUUCUACUUGAGUGCCUCUGUCCUAGAAAGCUACAGCACCAUUGCACUGAGUAAUGUGACCAUAUAUCAGCUUUAUCAAGAGAAUAUUGCAGCUGUGGUGUUUGCCUAUCUUGCCACACUUUCCUAUACAAUUCAUGCUAUUUUCUCACUGAUACGGUGGAAAGGAUCAUCCUAAUACUGAAACAUGUGGUAACGAUUCGGAGUCGCACAAUCUACUUGAAAUAAAAACUAAACUACAAUAUGGACUGGCAGAGACACUAGCAAAAUACUUGUCCCAUGUGUACGUACUAUGUUAGGAAUAUAUUCGGAUUUAGCAUCAGAUUGCACAGAUAGUUACACGCCCGAGCCCCUGCGCCGAUCAAAGUGAACACAUCACUAAAGAUACAUCUACCAAUGUCUUCCCUUCAGUUACAAAUGUUUGUGUUUUUAUUUGUGUUUUAUAGGUAUUUUUUCCUGUAACAGUUUGAGCAAAUGUAUUUAAUGUUAAUGUGUGUUUACAGUUUACAGAAUGUGAUUUAAUCUCUUAUUUGAAUUGUAAAUAUGCAGCCAAAAAUUAGUCACAUACAAAUCAAUUUUAGAGAACAAAUAAUAAAAUAAAUGUAAUUUUCACUUAAAGAAA